GUCACUUCCGGCGAGCCCGAGUGUUUGGUGGGAGCGCGUGCGCGCGGGCUCGGCAUGCGGAUCGAGAAGUGUUAUUUCUGUUCGGGGCCCAUCUACCCGGGCCACGGCAUGAUGUUCGUCCGCAACGACUGCAAGGUGUUUAGAUUCUGUAAAUCCAAGUGUCAUAAAAACUUUAAGAAGAAGCGCAACCCUCGCAAGGUCAGGUGGACGAAGGCCUUCCGGAAAGCUGCGGGGAAAGAGCUGACGGUCGACAACUCAUUUGAGUUCGAGAAACGUAGAAAUGAGCCUGUCAAGUACCAGCGGGAGCUGUGGAAUAAGACCAUUGAUGCAAUGAAGAGAGUGGAAGAGAUCAAACAGAAGCGCCAGGCUACGUUUAUCAUGAACAGAUUGAAGAAGAAUAAGGAGCUCCAGAAAGUUCAGGACAUCAAGGAAGUCAAGCAGAACAUCCACCUGGUCCGGGCCCCGCUCGCAGGCAAAGGGAAGCAGCUGGAAGAAAAAAUGGUGCAGCAGUUACAGCAGGACGUGGACAUGGAGGACGUGUCUUAAACAUCUCGCUGACCACGCGUGGACGUUGGGGGAUCGUCGGUGGAGACUUGGGACUUCCGAAUCACUGAUCGGUUACUUGACGUCUCUGGGGGGCGUUGCGCUCUGCGCGGCCUCAGCUGCCGGGUGCUGACCGCACCUCACAUUGCGCCCUCACCACUCUUGCUCCCCCGCUGUGCGCAAGAGCAUCAUGUCACCUGGUUAAUGGCACUGGACAGAGUUUGUGUAGUGACUAGAUACAAGCAUUCGGGACUACUGAUGUCUACAAAUGUUUUCUUGCAGUAAAAUGGUUCCUGUAUUCAUGGUAAAGAAAGGGGGUAAGAGGAUACAACCAAGAAAUGUACGUGAUAACCUUGGCAAUCUUGUUUUGAUCUCUGCCAUUUCUGUUUGACGCCCUUGACUUCUUAGAGCCGUACAGUGGCCUUAUCAGUGAAGCUCAUUGUGCUGGACUGGUGUGGCCUGGUUGGCCCGCUCUGACAGGUGGUGGUGGAUGCGGGGAGGAGAGUUGAACGAUCUGUGCCCAAAAUGGCACCGCAUUGUUUUCUGCUUUGGAGCAGACUCAGUUCCAAUGUGUGGUUCCUGGCUUUCCCAGCUGCCUUAGGAGUAG